GUCAUCCAGGUUAUUUACGUCAGAGGAGAGGAAAGCUGAAGCUGUUGUUUGCAGAGAUUUUUGCCGGUUUAAAAUUUUAAUUAAUUAACUCAAGAUGCCUGGAAAAUACAAGGUUGUAAUGAUUCGCCAUGGUGAAAGUGAAUGGAACAAGAAAAACCUAUUCUGUGGAUGGUUUGAUUCUGACCUUAGUGACAAGGGACGUGAAGAAGCUAGUGCUGCUGGAAAAGCUUUGAAAUCUGAAGGCUAUGAAUUUGACAUUGCUUACACUUCGAUGCUGAAACGCGCUCAAAUCACUUUGAACACUAUCUUACAAGAGAUUGGCCAGACUGAUUUACCUAUCGAGAAGACUUGGCGCCUGAACGAAAGGCACUACGGUGGACUUACUGGUCUUAACAAAGCUGAGACUGCUGCAAAGUAUGGUGAAGCCCAGAUCCACAUCUGGCGCCGUAGCUUCGAUGUCCCCCCACCACCAAUGGAGAAGGACCAUCCUUACUAUGAAACUAUUGUGAAUGAUCCCCGCUAUGCCGAGGAGCCGAAGAAGGAUGAGUUCCCCAGCCAUGAGAGCUUGAAACUGACCAUUGAGAGAGCUCUGCCCUACUGGAAUAAUGUUAUUGUACCUCAGAUCAAAGCUGGAAAGAGGAUCAUUAUCGCUGCCCACGGCAACAGCCUCAGGGGUAUUGUGAAGCAUUUAGAUGGUCUUAGUGACCAGGCCAUCAUGGAACUGAACCUCCCGACUGGUAUUCCCUUCGUCUAUGAAUUGGAUGAGGACAUGAAACCAGUUGAUUCCAUGGUCUUCCUUGGUGAUGAAGAAACUGUAAGGAAAGCUAUGGAAUCUGUUGCCAACCAAGGCAAAGCCAAGUAAAUUUAAGUUAAAUAAGUUAUUUAUUUUGUUAGUCAUUCAAAAUUAUGAUUCCUGUUGAGAUUGUUAUAUAGAAUCUAAUUUAUGUACUGAGUAUAUGGACAAUUUUAUUUCAAUUAUAAGAAAAAGUUUGUUAAGGAAUCUCUAAUGAAUGUUAAAAUUUAACAACAAAGCUCCGAGUCAAAGAGAUUCUUUUGGAUGUAUGCCAGCAUACAGUCUAGUUGUUACCACUUUAAUAUUUAUCGUAGAAUGUUUGUGGGCUUACAAUAAAAACAUAUUUAAACAUUA